AUGUUUCUAAAUACAACAAGAGCGGAUAAAAGCCCUAAAGUGUUUGAAGACAGCAUGCAAGUUCCAGUAAAGAUGGAGUAUGAGCUGGGAGAGCAGACAGAGCAUCGCCUCAAGGAAAUGGGCGCCCGUUGUGUGGGGGAAACCUUAGACGUAGAGUACUACUACGAUACUGACAGCUUCCAACUGGCUUCUACGCAGACCUGGUUGAAUCAGCAUAACGGCCAAUGGGGACUGAUCCUGGCAGAAGAACAGCAGCUUAAUCACGCUCAAUCAUACCACACCAAAAAGUUGGAAGCUGGACAUUCUGAAGAAAAGAAAAGCAAAAUACUCCACUCAUCACAUGAAGAAAAAUCAGAAACAGGUGCUGCCUUUGGAGAAACAUCUAGCGAUGAGUGUUCUGAGAAGGUCAUGUCCAAAAGCCAAGUUCAGAGAACAUCCUCAGAUACAUCUCUGACAUACACAGAACUAAGUGACCCAUGCUCCAUCAUGCUGCAUCUCUCAAAGUGUCUCCAGCUCCCUCUGACCCUCACUGAAAUGAAAAGUAUGACUAUGAAGAACUUCUUAAACUUGGCCCAGAUCCAGAUGUAUGACAGCUGGACCAGGAGCAGCACAGUGAAGUACUCUCUGCCUGUUGGUUUCUCACUGGUGGUGGAGAGAAACUACAGAAUUCCCACUAAAACUGAUUCUGCAUUUUUGAUGAUGAAUGCUGAUGUGCUGAGCAUAAGCAGUGAGCUGGAAAAGAUGGAUCGGCUGUGUAAAGAACUAGGCCUAAAACCAAAGGCAAGCUCAGGUGAACAAUUAUAA